GUGUGAAGAACAGGAAGCGAGAACGACCCCCGGAACGACCAAAGCCCACGCGCCGCUGCAUCCCCGUGUCCAGCGCCUACGUCCCGCCGCCGUCGCCACCAUGCCCAAGAGAAAGGCUGAAGGGGAUGCUAAAGGAGAUAAAACCAAGACAAAGGACGAACCACAGAGAAGAUCCGCGAGGUUGUCUGCUAAACCUGCUCCUCCAAAGCCAGAGCCCAAGCCUAAAAAGGCCCCUGCAAAGAAGGGAGAGAAGGUACCCAAAGGGAAAAAGGGAAAAGCUGACGCUGGCAAGGAGGGGAAUAACCCUGCAGAAAACGGAGACGCCAAAACAGACCAGGCACAGAAAGCUGAAGGUGCUGGAGAUGCCAAGUGAAGUGUGUGCAUUUUUAAUAACUGUGUACUUCUGGUGACUGUACAGUUUGAAAUACUAUUUUUUAUCAAGUUUUAUAAAAAUGCAGAAUUUUGUUUUACUUUUUUUUUUUUUAAGCUAUGUUGUUAGCACACAGAACACUUCAUUGUUGUUUUUGGGGGGAAGGGGGCAUAUGCCACUAAUAGAAUGUCUCCAAAGCUAGAUCCAUAUGGGGAAAACACCUUUCCCUUCUAGUUUUGAGAGACUCCCUCUUGGCUCUCAGGAGGAGGGAUUCCCUGACGUUGACACAUAGCCACCUUGGCACAAAUGCCUUGUGGUAUGGAAAAACUAAUUUGUUUUUAUGUCCUAUUCUCCCUCUCUGCCUUCAGCAUAGUCUUAACUCCCUUAAACCCAGACACCUCUUGGGGCCUGACCUCCAAUAAUUGCUUACCAGUACGUUGGGUAAUCUGCACUUUCCAGUGGUACCACUGAGAUGGUGCCCCUCAAAAGAGCAGCAGUUCCAUCUGUAGAUUGUGGAUCUUCAGAUAAAUUCUGUCAUUUUCAUUUCAUUUCCUGAAAGUCAGGGUCGGCUUGUGAAAAGUUGUUAAACAACAUGCUAAAUGUGAAAUGUCAACCCUCACUCUAAACUUUCCCUGUUCAGAGCAUCAAAUGAAGACUUCAUUGGAUUUUAUAGUGGCUUUCUGAUUUUGGUAGACCAUUGAAGAAGGGAGUUUGAAAGUUGUUGUAUACUGUUAACGAUUGUCUGCCCAUGUCCUGCCUGAAAUACCAUGAUUGUUUAUGAAAAGUAUCUUUAAUAAAGCUGGAUACAGUUUG